UCACCAGUGAGAAUGCAGUGCCAAAAAUCCAGCAGGAUGUCAAGUACGAGGCGAUGAGAGAACUGAAUGGAGGCCGAGGAAACUGCAGAGCCCCCUGGGGCUCAGAGCGCCGUGCUCCGGACGACAUCACAUAUUUUUCUUAGUUCAGCCGAACCCACCGACGCCAAAAUAGACUCUUCUUGUCAGUUUUUUCAUUCAACCGACAAGAACGGCUUUAUUUGAAAUUCCAGGGGUCAAGGAUAAGAUGAGCCAGCCAGUCUGUUCAACUAUUCCAUAACUAAAAAAAUUACUAGAUAAUUUGUAGACAAAUCUGAGACAAACCAGACUCGAAUCAACUAUGGCGGCACCAGUAAUCGAGAAGAAACGAUUCUUCUGCAGAGAAUGGGCAUUUAUGAAGUUGUCCCACUGUCUGGAGCAGCGUCCAGCCUCCAAAACAUGUGGUGCUCUGAUUGUCGGUGGCCCAGGAAGUGGCAAAACAGCUCUCUGCGCUGAGCUCGCCUGGCCCUCGACAUCAGCGAGUUCAAGACACCAGAGGUCACUGAACCGAAGGCUCUUAGCAAGACAUUUUUGUCAGGCGCGGAGCGAAGCCUCUCUUUCGCCAGCUCAAUUUGUCAGAUCACUGGUGGCCCAAAUUUUACAAGCAAGCACAGAUGGAAUUCACUUGUCAUCCCCGACAUCACCGCCAACGAGUACAAUAUCUGCGCCGUCAUCGUCGAAAGAGGCUGUGGCGGAGGCUUACGCCGAGAAGCUCAGGACUGAUCCUGACAUUCACGCGGCUCUGCAGCACGACGUAUUGGACAGGGAUCCCGACGAUGCCCUCAAAAAAGCUCUCUUGUUUCCUCUCCUAGAGGUGGAGCCGCCUAAAAACUGUCUCUUUCUACUCGUCGAUUCCAUCGACGAGGGACAAAUACUCAAUCCACCCCAGACUGGCACGAGAGAUUCACGACGUGAGAAUGACAAUGUCAGUAGAACAAUAGCUGAAUUACUCGCCAAUCAUCAUCACCUUUUCCCUCAGUGGCUGUUGCUCGUCUGUACAGCUAGACGACAGAGUAAAACGAUCUCCAGAAUGUUCACGGGAUUUCGUAAAAUAUCUCUAGAUGAUUUGAGAAAGAAUCAGGUUGUACGUGAUGUACAGCAAUAUAUUCUGGCCAGGCUGGAUGAGGAAGUUGCAUUGAGACAGCACAUCUCCAGGGACACUGCGGAGAUGCUGAAUCAGUUGCACAUCAAGAGCAACGGUUGCUUUCUGUAUCUCGAGAAGGUUUUAGAUGGUGUUGCGGAGAAUUUUAUUGUUCUCCGGGAGGUCAGAGAGAUACCUGGUACAUUAAAUGGACUCUAUCUGUGGCUGUGUCAGAGACUAUUCAGUAGAAAGCAAUUUGCCAAAGUUCAGCCACUGCUCAAUGUUAUAUUGGCUGCUAAAUUGCCCAUCACCCAGGAGAUACUGUACAAGUGCGUGAAAACAGCGCACUCAACUAUUACGAUUGAGGACUUCAAUCGUAGGCUUCACCUGUUGAGGCGAGUUAUUUCUGUGUCACGGGCUGGUGCACUGAUGUUGUUUCAUCAUAGCUUUGCGGAAUGGCUUUUGGAUGUCAAGCAUUGCACACAAAAGUACCUCUGCUCAGCGACUGAGGGGCAUGCCAUGUUGGCGGGGCAUUAUACUCUUCGUGGGCCUGAACUCACGGCCGAUGAGAUCUGCGUGCUCGGGCAACAUCUGCAGAGAUCGCUUACCAAUGUGGGGGGGAACUUGUGCAACUUGGAUGCUCAUACUCUUCAGACUUUGUGGAUGAUUGGGAGCAGAGUUCCCAUUGACGAGUGCUAUUUGGAUAGUCCGGAGUGCUUGAUGUGGCCGAGGCAGGAUUCCAAGUUGUUGAGGCUGCUUAUUGAUUCGGGGGCCAAACCCAGUGAAAAGGUUGUCGAGGAUGAGCCUUCUAAGGAUCCUGUUUCUUCUAGUCAGGUCUCGCAGGACGUGAGCCCCAUAGAUGAAUCCCCUGGAGAACCUCUGACUGAAUUACUCGGUGAAAGUGGAGACAUAAACCAGGCAGACUCCUGUGGUCGUACAGUACUUCAUACUCUGGCAGCCGACGGGAAUGCAUCGCUCCUCGAGCUUGCUCUGGCUGCUUGUCCUCAGGCGAAGCUAGAGGCAACAGACCGUCACGGCCAGACACCUUUGAAUCUAGCAGCGAGACACGGAUAUACAGACGUUGUAAGAGUACUACUGGCCGCAGGUGCCAGUGCCGACCAUGCAGAUUGCGACGGUUGGACUGCACUGAGAGCAGCAGCCUGGGGCGGACAUACCCAGGUACAUUCACAGCCAACCAUUUCUUCAACAAAAACAGACUCCGAUGUAGUCGUCGAAAUGCUACUGGAAUACGGUGCAAUGGUUGACUGCGCCGAUUGGGAUCAGCGGACAGCACUUCGCGCUGCAGCCUGGGGUGGUCACGAGGACAUUGUAAAGGCGUUACUUCAACACGGUGCCGAUGUCAAUAGAACUGACGACGAGGGUAGAACCGCACUGAUAGCCGCAGCUUACAUGGGCCACAGUGAAAUUGUUGAGCAUCUGUUGGACUUUGGUGCCAAGAUCGAUCAUGCUGACAGCGAUGGGAGGACUGCGCUCAGUGUCGCCGCACUCUGUGUACCCUCGAACCACGGUUAUGCAAAGGUGGUUACGAUAUUACUUGAGCGAGGUGCAGCAGUUGACCACCAAGACAAGGAUGGCAUGACGCCCCUCCUCGUCGCAGCAUUCGAAGGUCACCGAGAUGUUUGCGAAUUGCUCCUCGAAUACGAAGCCGAUGUUGAUCAUUGCGACGCGACAGGAAGAACACCGCUGUGGGCGGCAGCCAGUAUGGGUCAUGGCUCCGUUGUCGCAUUGCUAUUGUUCUGGGGCUGUUAUGUCGACAGUAUAGAUAAUGAAGGAAGAACGGUGUUAAGCGUCGCUGCAGCUCAAGGGGGCACUGACGUUGUGAAACAGCUGCUUGAUAGAGGUCUCGAUGAACAGCACAGAGAUAAUUCUGGCUGGACUCCCUUGCAUUACGCCGCAUUCGAGGGACAUUUGGAUGUAUGUGAGGCAUUACUCGAGGCUGGUGCCAAAGUAGAUGACGUUGAUAAUGAUGGAAAGGGGGCAUUAAUGCUGGCCGCGCAAGAGGGACACACAGCCCUUGUCGAGAGACUCUUGAUGCAGCACGGAGCACCCAUCGAUCAGCAUGCACACGACGGCAAAACCGCUUUGAGACUUGCCGCACUCGAAGGCCACUACGAGACUGUUCGAGUGCUAUUGGCUCACAGUGCCGACAUUAAUGCCAAGGAUGCAGACGGCAGAAGUACCCUCUACAUUCUGGCACUGGAAAAUCGCCUGGCAAUGGCAAAAUUUCUGCUGGAGCAUGCGCACGCUGACGUUGAGAGUCGUGACUCCGAGGGUAGAACACCCCUGCACGUGUCUGCAUGGCAGGGACACGAUGACAUGGUGGCACUGUUGCUGACAGAAGGUGCAGCGAGUGUCAACGCCUGCGAUAACGAGAACCGAACGCCCCUGCACUCCGCUGCCUGGCAGGGGCACGCUGCCAUCGUGAGGAUUUUACUCGAGCACGGAGCGACACCUGAUCACACUUGCAAUCAGGGCGCCACAGCCCUGGGUAUUGCUGCCCAAGAGGGGCACGAGCACUGCGUUCGAGCGCUUUUGAAUCACGGGGCAGACCCCAGUCACUCCGAUCACUGCGGGAGAAAUGCCAUUAAAGUUGCUGCAAAGAGCGGUCACGACACUGUUGUCAGACUCCUUGAGGAGCAUUCAGCGAACCAAAGGAGUCUGAGACCCGCUUUAAAUGGGGGUGGAAGCAGUUCUGCAACAUCAGUCACGUCUAAUUCAACGGCUGAAACCAAGCCCUCGUCAGCCAUUCUCAAUCCACUCUCGACUCAAUACAGUCCAGCUGAGUCCCCAGACUCUACUAAAAGACGAAGUUGCGUGUCUCUGGGAAAUAACUCUAGCAACAGCAAAUCGAGUAGUAAUUUAACGGGCUCGACUAAGAGUGAUCAGGGCAAAUUCAGCCAAAAUCCGAUGGUCAAUCAGGUGAUCAAAGCACCCCUAUCUUUCACGCAACAGUUGCAACAGUGCUCGAGGGGUGUAAAAAGUCGACCACUGAGCAAACUCCUGUCUCCAUUGAAGAGCGAGCCACAGUCUCCCAUUUAUGCUUCACCACCCCACUCGCCACUGAGCGACAGCCUCAUUCCGUAUUCACCUACGAAUACUAGUCCACCGAGUGCACAGACAGCUGCCAGUGUUAUACAGAGCCAAUUGGGGGUUUCACUGCUCACUGGUAAUCAGAGUAUUCAGUACAAGCCUCAGAGCGGUGGGUUUCAUCAUACGGGGGCUAUCUAUGAGCCGAUUGAUAUUAAAACUGAGUUCAUUGACAAGAAUGAUGGGUCCAAGCCCUUUGAACUUACCAAUGAGAUGCUGGGACUCAAAAUCAAGGAUAAGAAGAAUGGGCAUGAUGAUAAGAGGAAUUCGGCGGAUACGCAUUUCACGAGGGAUACGCAUAUGAGGAUUAUUCUGGGGAAUAGUGGCGCUGGGGUGGGACGAAAUGUUAAGCAUACGGCUGAUCAUGUUACAUCGAGCGCAAAUUCAAAACCAAAACGAAAUGGCUUGGUGACAAAUCCUGCAAUGAGGCUCGUCGCAGGAGUUCGAAAUGGAUUUGAAAAUGCAACAAACCGAAACAAGCCAAUAACCACACGAGUCAACGGAUUCCAGUGGAAAGCUGAGACGCGCAAAGAAACACCUCUCUAAACUAACAUUUCCACUCGAACGAAACGAAAAAAAAAUGUCACAAUAAUGCGAGACAACGGAGUUAGUGAAUGAAGAAGGUGAAAGUCAAUAAAUGAUUAAUUAAUUCGUUUUCAUUUGAGCUAAAUCAAAUUGCCUCGAUAGCAAAGUGGAAGCAAAAUAACUGACAAAUGUAUGUACUUGACAAAAUCGUACUGAUGAAUACGAAGAACAAAAAUAUUAUAAACUCAAUACCAAAUAUUAAACGGCAUAGGAAAUGUAUGUAGAGAUAUAGUGACGUAAAGUAAUCGAAAAAUAACUUUGUAUAAAUGUAACGUUAAUAAAAAUUCUUAAUCGAUCUCACUAAUACCUAUUAUAUUAUAAAAAUAAUAAUGUUUGAAGACAAUUUUUUUAGCAUCAUGAGUGACAAAUACUGAAGAAAUAAAUCAUAAUUGAGAUUGAGCCCCGGAAGACUGGUCGAAUUAACGAAGAGCGUGUGAUGCUCACACAAACGAUUUAAAUUAAAAUUCAACAACUGUAAAGAUAUGUAAAAAGUUUGGAAGAAUAAUGAUAACGAGAUGACUGAGAUAUUAUCAAUUUCUAGAGGAACCUGAAUAAAUCGAGCGAAUGCUGAACAAUACGUAAAAUAAUGGCCUCUAAUUCAUGAAUGAGCCUGUGUAAAUAUAUGAUUUAUGUACUGGACAUGAUCAUAUUUAUUAUUAGAUUGUAGUAGGUGAUAUAGUAAUAAUAAAUGAUGAGAAUGAAAUAAAUUAAACUAUUGAUUCUACA